GCAACAUCUUUCUAACACUCCACUGACAUUGAACCUCUGAGCCUGUUGAACUCGUAUCCUGCAGUGUCUUCCAUUGUCCAAUAACUACGAGCUAGAAUGGAGUAUCACCAUGCCUCAGAGAUGAAUGGAGUAGUGUCAGAUUACCUGAACAUGUGCAUUGAGUCCAAGCAUAAUGAUUUGUGCAAAGCGAAAGACUCCAAGGAGGCUGCAGAUUCAAAAAAGCUGUCUCUGAUUGAGAAAUCUUAUAGCACCAUACUGAGUGAGCUUGGAGAGGACGUGGACCGAGAGGGACUCAGACGUACACCACUGCGUGCAGCCAAAGCCAUGCAGUUCCUCACCAAAGGCUACAAGGAAACCACCAAAGAUAUCUUGAAUGACGCAAUCUUUGAUGAAAAUCAUGACGAGAUGGUGAUCGUCAAGGAUAUCGAGCUGUUUUCUCUCUGUGAACAUCACCUGGUGCCCUUCUUUGGCAAGGCUCACAUAGCAUACCUCCCAAACAAGAAAGUGGUGGGUCUCAGCAAACUCGCAAGAAUUGUUGAGAUCUACAGCAGAAGGUUUCAAGUUCAGGAGCGUUUAACCAAACAGAUUGCUUCGGCCAUCUCCGAGGCGCUGGAGCCUGCUGGAGUGGCAGUGGUGAUUGAGGCUGUUCACAUGUGCAUGGUGAUGAGAGGUGUGCAGAAGAUGAACGCCAGCACUGUUACAAGUGUCAUGCUGGGAAGAUUCCAUGAUGAUCCCGAGACAAGGAAGGAGUUUCUUGCUCUAACAUUAAAGAAGUAAAACGUUUUUACCUCAACACAAUGGGAAUUGUACAGUGUUUAUGUUUUUGUACAUCUCAGUGAAUUGCUGGGGUUAUUAGUUGUUUUGCCUGAAACUGCUACUGUAUUUUUUCAUCUCUGUAUGGGAGUGGACAUAUCAGAUGCAAGAAAUGCCCCCCCCCCCACUGAAAUGUAAAAUUGUUAAAUGAUGGUGAUGUUUACACAACUAAAUGGAUACGUGUUAAACUGCAUAUAUAUCUUCAUACAAUAAAAAACAGUUCACCUUUA